AUGAAAAGAAAACAUGAACAAGAUAGUAUCAGUUCGAAUGUUGAAGAUAAUGAUGAACUCCUCCAACUUUCAAUGACAUUUGAUCAUUAUAAUUCUAAUGAUCAACAAACAAUAGUUCUCCCAACAGGUGAACCCGUAACGAAAGAACAACUUUUGUUGAAAGUCAUCGAUCUUCAUCCAAACAAAGCAAAUGCUUAUUUCAAGUUGGCAGCAAUUCUUAAAACUGAAAAUCGAUCAUCUAUCAUUCUUUCAUCAGGCCGAUCAAUGACACAACAACAACUAUACUUAUUAGCCAUCGAGUGUGAUCCAACCAAUUCACGUUCAUAUCAUAACCUUGCAAAGACACUUUCAAGUGGUGAAUCAAUCAAACUUAAUGAUGGACAAUCAAUGACAGAACAACAACUAUACUUGAAAUCAAUAGAAUGUGAUCCAACCGAUUCAUAUUCAUAUAAUAGCCUUGCAAAUACACUUUCAAGUGGUGAAUCAAUCACACUUAAUAAUGGACAAAUCAUGACAAAACAACAACUAUACUUGAAAUCAAUAGAAUAUGACCCAACAGAUUCUGAUUUAUAUUUUAACCUUGCAAAGACACUUUCAAGUGGUGAAUCAAUCACACUUAAUAAUGGACAAUCAAUGACAGAACAACAACUAUACUUGAAAUCAAUAGAAUGUGAUCCAACCAAUUACCGUUCAUAUUGUAACCUUGCAAAUACACUUUCAAAUGGUGAAUCAAUCAAACUUAAUAAUGGACAAUCAAUGACAAAACAACAACUAUACUUGAAAUCAAUCGAGUGUGAUCCAACCAAUUACCGUUCAUAUCAUAACCUUGCAAAUACACUUUCAAUUGGUGAAUCAAUCACAUUAAAUAAUUCACAAUCAAUGACUAAAAAACAACUAUACUUAAAAGCAAUAGAGUGUAAUCCAACCGAUUCCGAUUCAUUUUUUCAUCUUGUUAAGAAUGGACAACUUGAAUUAAAUUUUCAAGAACAACAAGCACUUGAAUUCCUAAAGAUUCUACCAUCUUUUUUUGUUUUAACAGCAUUCUCUAUAUCUUUAUUUGCUAAGAAAAAGAAAUCAAACUCUUUACAACUCAAAACAACAUAA